CUUCGAUGGAAUCUAUUUUGCUUUGGUUUAGCCUCAUAUAUGUGGGUUUUUUGUUUUUAUUUCUUGUACUUUUGGGCAAUCAAACCUAAUAAUAUGAUGUUUCCUGGAUCGUCAAAAAUCAAUCAACCAUCAACCAGAUUUGACGAGGAGGAGAAACAAAAGGAUGAGUAUUUACGUCCGCUGUAUGAGUUACGGCGUCGAGCGAAUGAAUCCGAUGGGCCCAUCACAAAUUUCCAUCAACUUAUUCGAUCAUCAGAAAACAAUCAACCGUCACUCUCGAUAACCAGAUCUGACGAGGAGAAUGAACGAAACGAUGGUUUCGACAUAGAAGGCAUCCGUGGUUCCGGAUUAAUGCCUUUUAGCUGUCAAGGUCUCUCGACCUUUACAUAUCCCUAUCGUCCUUUGGUCAAACGUUAUGCGAAAUUGGGUCUUCAUCGCUACAAUAUAAAAGAGGGUACAAACUUUGAGCUUGAUGCUCUAAUCAAAUUCAACAUGAAGAGCAAUGGUGCUUGCUCUUUCCUCAUAACCUUGGCUGCACGUGAUACAGUUGCCGGUCGUCCCAUGCAAAUUUUUCAGGUUCGGGUGGAUGAAAACCGAUAUGGACGUUUGGAUGCGACUUGCACUACUGCUAGAAUUAAAGGAGAGACUACCGAUGGAUUUUGUCUACCCCAGCCGGUUUAUGGAUUCCCUGGUUGGCCCUCAGAUGAUGGUGUUUUUGAUGCUAGCGAACGCUUUUGCUCGGUGGAGAUAUCAAAGUUGAGGAGCAAUCCCUGGAUUCGUUUGUACCUGGAGCUUACUGUUUAUACAAAAGAUCGGAGGAUUUCAGAUGAGGAUCUAUCUAAGUUGGAGAUUGUGAAAGUGGUUAUAGAAACUACCUAUGAUGAGCCUCCGCUCAAGGCUAAGAGUUCAGUCCUCUACAUAGUUUUCAAGGGAUUGGCUAGGAAUGGUUUCGGUGAGCAACUUGAACGCAAAGCUAUCAUUAAAAGUGUCUUUGAUGAGCAAACAGGAUCCUUGUCUCUCAUGGGUGAUUUGUGCAAGUCACAAGACGAUGUGACUUUUAUGAGUGUGGAAGAAAUGCAUUAUCGUUUUCGCCAAAGCUUAGGCGCCGUUUAGGCUUUACUAUGUUGAUCAGAUUAAGUGCUAUGUGGAUCAUAAUAAGUAUUGAAAAGAAGAGUGUAUGUGGACAUUAUUUAUAUACAUAUGUGUAUGAGUGUAUCAAAAUAGUGUGUGAUUAGA